CUUCUGCAAUGGAAACAAGAUCUUGAUGGAGUGCGACUGGUGAGCCUGUGGCUUCAACAUUGAAUUGGUUUGGAGGAGAUAUUUUGGAUUUCUGCAACAGGCAGGUAUGGAAAUGGCUACACCAAAAACUGUGACAUGAAGGUAUUCUAUAUGUAGAUUUAUUUUUGUUUUUGUUUUUUUGUUUUUUUUUUUUGGCCGACUAUUCUAUAUGUAGAAUGGUAAGAAGAGAAAUUGCAAAUAUACUAGUGUUCUGUUUUACCAUGUGAAAGAGAACAAAGAAUGAAUAGUCAGGGGCAAUACAUUGGGGAAAAAUCAGGCUGUCCUUUCUUAUAUUGUUAAAUGUUAAGUGUUGGGAAGAUGACCCGCUUUGUGAAAAAUGAAGCAAAUUAUCCUGCAAAUUGUCUGGCCAAGGCUAAAUGAAACACAAGGUACACA